UUGAUAAGCUUGCCCAGCAAACGUGACGUUCCGGUGUUGCAGCAUUCUUUGCUGUAAGAAUAGCAGGAAACAGAGCUCGCAGGUGACAGCGGUGUGGAGUUAUGAUACUGCCAGCGGUUUUUGUUUUUAUUUUUAAACGGACGGUUAUUCCCGUCCAUCCAAACAUGCAACAAAAGGAGUGAUUCCUGUAAACUGCUGUGGCUGAAGGGUGAACAGGGAAGCGCGCGAGUUCCCCUGGACUUGCCCCCGGAUUUUUCAAAGUGUCAAAAGAGCUAAAACAAAUUGCACAACUGUUAUCUGUCCGCGUACAUCAGUCCGCCGCAGACUACUGCCGCGUAAAGGUAAUGAGACGUCUACACUCUCUUAACUGCCUACAGCACCGGACUGAACUGAAAUGAAGACCUAGCUGGUGUGAGAAACCUAGAGAACUACACUGAAAUUAAAGGGGACGUCGCUAGAACGGCCAUUUUCGCGGCAUUUUCGUAACGCUUCGGCAUGGACCGGACCUGGAUUCUGCUGCUGCAGUCGGUUCUCUGGACUGUGCAACCGCCCGCCGGCGCUGCUCCCCGGCCGCGGGACCCCCGAACGGCUCUGGACGAGUACGUCAACGCCUUCGACCCGCACUACUCGUAUACGGUACUCGAAAACCUGACCAUGAGAGAGGAGGAGUUCACCACGUACGUCCUCAACAUGACAUCUCUGCAGUGGCUGAAUGAGUCGCUGGUGGAUCGGCCGCUGUGGUGGCACUACAUGACGGUGACGGUGCCCCGCCGGAUCACGCCGGGGCUGGAGGACUCCGGCUUCCUGUUUGUGGAUCAGGGAGAUAACGGGCCGCAGCCCCCCACCAACACCAGCUCCAUGCAGGCCGUCAUUGCCGCCUUCGCCGCCAGCAGUGGCACGGUCACUGCCUGUCUGACUCAGAUCCCCAACCAGCCGCUGUCCUUCCUGCACGACGCGGAGGGAAAGAAGUCUCGCAGUGAGGACAGCCUCAUGGCCUACACCUGGUGGCACUUCCUGAGCAAUCUCAACGACGAGCCCCAGUGGCUCCUCCUCUUCCCAAUGACUAAGGCAUGCGUCCGGGGCAUAGACACAGUCACUGACUUCAUGCUCAAGAUCUCUGCAGGCAAGCAGCGCAUCGAGAGGUUCACUGUGGCGGGGGCUUCCAAGAGGGGCUGGGCAGCCUGGUUGGUGGCAGCAGUGGACAGCAGAGUGGUGUCCUUCUUGCCCAUUGUGUUGGACCUUCUGAACAUCUCAGAGAAUCUCCAUCACCAUUUCAGAGCGUAUGGAGGCUGGUCCUUCGCCUUUCAGAACUACUAUGAGCUGAACAUCACUCAGUUCCUGGACUCGCCUCGAAUGAGAUUAAUAGCCAGCAUGAUCGACCCCUUGGCCUACAGUGAGCGCUACAGAAUGAAGCCCAAGCUAAUCAUCUCCACCGGCGGCGAUGAGUUCUUCCUCCCCGACGACUCCCGCUACUACUACCAGCAGCUUCCCGGAGAGAAACACCUCAGGGUCCUGCCCAACACCGAGCACCUGUGUGUGGGUCACUGGGAGACCGUGCUGCUCUCCACCCUGUCCUUCUACUGCAGCACCAUGCUGGGCCUCAAACGACCCACAAUGCACUGGAACAGGACGCAGUCGGAGGGUUCAGGUGCCAUUUACCUGUACACUGACUCACCACCAAUCAAAGUGCUCGCCUACGAGGCUUCCACCUGGGAUGCAGAGAGGCGAGAUUUCCGCUGGGCGGUGGCCUGGCCAGGACGUCCGGGGCACAUUCUGUUCCGUCCCGUUCUGUGGUGGUCGUCUCCUGUCAGCAAUCCGACUCCAGGCGUGUAUAUGAAGGAGUUCCUGGUGCCCAAAUUUGGAUGGAGAGCUUUCUUCAUUGAGGCCUCCUUCUCCGGGCCCCUGGGCACAGUGCAGACCUUCACUACAGAGGUGCAGAUCAUCCCCGACACCUUUCCCUUCCCAGAUUGCAAAGCACAGACAUGCCACGGGACUAUAGUCUAGAGCAAGACUCUUCCCACGGGACCAUAGUCUAGAGCAGGACUCUUCCCAUGGGACCAUAGUCUAGAGCAGGACUCUUCUCAUGGGACUGUAGUCUAGAGCAGGACUAUUUCCAUGGGACUAUAGUCUAGAGCAGGACUAUUUCCAUGGGACUAUAGUCUAGAGCAAAAAUUUGCCGUUUUGAAUCCAAAAUAGGUCAUUUGUGUGAUUCGUGUAGAUCCGAUGAGUUUUUGAAAUUGGGGGGGGGGGGGGGUUCGCCACCGAAGAUUUUCGCCACAAUCAGUUACUAGUAAUGAGCCAAUAACUCUUACACCACCGCCGUUUGUGGUGUUCACUCGCUGGGUGACGCUGUCAUAAAAUUUUCCCCGACCGUGAAGACUGACUGCCUUACUUGUUUACAUUUUGGACAGAUGUGGCUCGUGGGUAAAUCUAUCGCUGUUUCCGUUGCAGCACUUUCGACACAAGCAAUGUUGGAAGGGCUAUCCUAAAAUUUCCUCUUACCGUGAAAAGUGCCUGACCCGCAACCAUAGUAAUGUGUUAACAGUAAAUUUUACGACAACGCUAGCUAACCUUUCGAAAGUCACGUUAAACAAGUAGAAAUUAACGCCAUCAGCGGUGAUUAACAAAUCUACCAAGUACUGUAAUAAUGGAUUUUCAGGCGUGGAUUUCGAAUUAUUUGUAUUCUUGUAGACCAUUAAGAGCAAUGGAGAAGAGCCAACGUCCUAAUUGUCAAAUUGUCUGUACCCACCGCUUACAGCAAUAAAGUGCUAGUUAUUUUUGGCUGGACCGCAAUAGCGGGGCAGUCCUCAAAACCUA